AAAGUGUAACUCCGAGAAAAGGAAAUGCAUCAUCAGUAAGAAAUGUAAAUGAAUCAUUGAAGACCACUCCAAUGCGGCAAACCGUUUUAAGUAUGGAUGCCCCUAAUGGAUUUGGAUACAAACUUGUUCAGAAGGAGAAACAUGUGGUGGAAACUCAGAGAGAAGAAAAUCCAAAAUUUUGCCCGAAAUGGAGUCCGGCUGAUUCAUCGGCUAGAACGAAAAGGAAACCAGGAGAUAAGAACGUCACGUUUCCAAGAAUAUUUACCGUUACCGUGGAAAAAUUGCAAACUUGGCCGAAAGUUUUUUCAUGUGGUCAAAUCAUAUUUGAGCUUUUUGGUAUUUUAGAAAAAUUGGUGGCAUUGAAACAACCUAACGCUCAGAUCAUGCAACUGAGAAGUCAAAAAGUGAAAUCUCACAUGAUUUGCAAAUUUUAUGAAAUAGAUCGUCAAUUACCAAACCUUGUUAUUGGCACGUGGCACAGGUGCAUCAUUUUGCUGAGAUACAAUAAAGAAUAUCAGUGCGUAACUAUAAGAUCGGCUACUUCAAAUGAGUUAAAAUACUUGGACAAACUCGUGAUUGCCAGCAGUAAAUCUAUGGCCAUGCUUCUGAAAUCUAAUCUCUUUUAAACUAUGUUUAAGAAUACCUUGUUUUACU